GAUGAGAGGCAAACCCCUGGAGGAGAGCAGGAGAAAGGAGGAGAGAAGGGGGGAGAGAGCUUGUUCCUAUUCGUGUGUUUUUAUUCCGUGCACACUGGAGCCUCUCCUCUUUCGCAGCCUGCAGGCGGCAGGUGCGCUUUGACGGCAGCUCCUCUCACACCGGGCUGAAUUUGGACUCCGGAUGAAGCUGCGUGCCGGCCGCAGAGUCCACCUGGCUGCGAGGAUGAUGCAGCGAUAAAGCAGAGAGCCUCGUCUGCGCUGGAUCGCACCCCGCCGGCGGCGUCAGCUGUUGCUCCGUGAGUGAGGGUGGAAGCGCGUGGAGGAACACAGAGGCCGAACCAUGCCGGCACCGAUCCGCCGUCGGUAACGGUUUUCCAGCCCCGAGCAGAGCGGAUGCGCGGCGAACCUCCGAGUAUUUAGUAACCUUUGUGGAUGCCGGAGGAGCUGCGCCGAUGGAGAAGGUGACUCCGCCGCCCCAGCCGCAGCUCCAGCUGUCGAUAGCGAAGACCGAAAGUCCCGCGGAGGACAUCUCUGCGCUCACGGACGAGGAUCUCCUCAAAUGGACCAAGGAGGACCUAGUGCGACGGCUGAGACGCUCUGAGGCCGACAAGAUGAGCGUGAUUCUGGACCACGGCAAUCUCAUCCGAGAGGUCAACCGCAGCCUCCAGCUGCACCUGAACGAGAUCAGGGGGCUGAAGGAUAUCAACCAGAAGCUGCAAGAGGACAAUCGUGAACUGAGGGACUUGUGCUGCUUUUUAGACGACGACCGCCAGAAAGGAAAGCGUGUCUCCAGGGAGUGGCAGCGCCUCGGGCGUUAUAGCGCCAGCAUCAUGCGCAAAGAGGUGACCCUCUACCUCCAGAAGCUCAAGGAGCUGGAGCUCCGACAGGAGGAGGUGAUCCGGGAGAACUUGGAGCUGAAGGAGCUGUGCCUUCUGCUGGAUGAGGAGAAAGGAGGAAGUUGCAUGGGAGGUAAUUUGUCCGGAGGGAGUACAGGAAUGGGGGGGUGCCGCAAUUCCAUCGACAGCCAGAAUAGUUUGCUUCUGGUGCCAGGACAGGGGCUCCUGAUGAGAGACGUAGGGGACGGGAGCAGCACUUCAAGCGCCGGGAGUGCCGACAGCUCUGAUCAUCCUCACCACAAGCAGGCUCACCUUGCUGCAGGAGGGGCCGUCAGCAUUGGAGACAAAGGCAGCCCGGAGCUUGUGCACAAACCCAGGUGUAGCAGCAUCACUGGAGCUGGAGGAGACAGGGAGGGGUCCAGUCCUGUGCACCCAACUGGGCGCCAUCGCAGCACCAGCCUUGAGUACCCAUACACGCUGCCCCAGCUGUGCCGGCCCCGCUGCGGCUCCAUAUCGAUCCCUGACCACAGUCGAGUUAUGCGGGGCCUGAGCCCGGAAAAAUACGCAAGGAGCAUAGGGCAGCGCAGCCCGGAGCAGCAUCCCAAACACCACAGCUCUGACCUCCUUCUGGGUCAGAGGCAUUAUAUGGGCCAGGGAGGCAGCGGGGAGCUCUACCAGAGGCACCAGCGGAGCAGCAUCAGCAGCACCGGCUGUGGGAGCCCUGAGCCCCGGCAUGUGCAUUUAGGUACUGGGGAUCAUCAUGAAAAGGGCUGUGUAAUCCAGAGCGGGAGCCCCGAGCCGCACCGGCAUCAGUACAGUCUGAGCCCUGACCAGGUGAAGUUCGGCAGCCCCGUCAGAGAGGGGCAUAGGAGGGCGGCCGGAGAUGAGCUGUCGCCGCAUCAUCGCAGCAUCUACAAUGGCAUGAAUGACACGCUGCCGAGGCCGCCUCCAGGAUGACAUCAUGAAAUGGGCGGCCCCCACAAGGAGCGAAGGGCGGAGCCUCAGAGAUGGAGUCGUCUUACUUCCGGGUAGGAAAAGAGUGAGAAUUGAAACAUUGACGUAAGAUGGUUGAUUCUGGGAAGGAAAAAUUAUCUUAGUUUUUCUUAACCUGCAGGUGGUUUGCUGAGCGAUGCUGUAAGACAUCACCGGGGGCUCUGAAAUGGCACGGAUGGUGCGAGAUGGAGGAUGACGUGUGAGGAGAUUUGCGAAUCGGAGAGCUGGGGAAAAGCUGGAGUGGGCACAGCAGGCCUCGCUCUCAUUAGACGUAGCAGCAGUUUGGUUUCUGAGCGUGUCAGAGUGCCAGGGAGUGUUUGCUUGCAGUAGCUGAGAGGCCCAGUGGGCAGGAGCAGAUGCUGCAUCCUCGUGCUGAAACUCCCCCAACAGUGUGUUAUCAUCUGUGUGAGUAAAGCCUGCUCACACGCUCUGCUUUCCCCCUCAGCUUCUGAUGCUGAUGAACAGUUACAGGAGAUAUUUGUGCUUUAAAAGUUUCCAUUAAAACCUAGAAAUCAAAACGUAUACUUUUUUUCCCAAAACACUGAAAAUAUAUGUUUACAAAGACCGUGACUGAGCAGUGUGUUCCUCCUUAAAAAUAUGCAAUGAAAUAUUUAAGAAAAAUUUCCACCAAACAUGAAAUAUUCUCAAGGUAAAGCAAAUACUGCACAGUUUUACUACAUCAUCACAUUUUCCAUCUCUGCAGCAGAAGGCUAUCCACUGACCCGAUCCAAUAUAUGCCGGCUCCCAAACUGAGCCAAACUGGGAUUAUCCUCGCCACCAUGGAUGGAGGUGACGUCACUCUGACCCCAUUGGCUCCACAUCAAGCUUGACGAGAAUAUUUAGAAAAGUUCAGCACUGGAAUCAUGCAGACAUUAUCCUCUGCACUGGCUUCUUUAUUUUAAUAUUUUUCUUUUUUCAUUUAUUUUUGAAUGUGUUUCCAAAACAGUAGUAAAACUCUCAAAGUUGAGUCUUUACUCUAUUUGAAUCAAAUGUAAUUAUUAUGCUUUUAACCAUAGAGCACUAUUCACUUGAUAGAAAGUUCAUUCAUGAUUUUUAAUAUGCUGCAUUUUUCUGAGUGUCAUUCGUCCCUGGGUAAAGUCUCACAUGGCCCAAGAAUUUCCAGUAUAAUAAUAAUACUUAUUAU